AUGCAGCAGCAACAACAAGUACCAGUAGGACUCCAGUUAAUGCGGCAGCCGUAUCGCGCCACAGCGGAGCAGUUUCAACGGUUUAUUGUCGGUUUGGAUGCGGUGCUAAAUCAAUGGACGGCGUUACAUCUUGUUUCGCAGCACUGCGAUCUCUCAGCACUUACGUCAAUGUAUCGUGAGCUGGUGUCAUGGUUUCAGAAGGAUGGUGAAGUGUACUCGGAUGAUUUGGAGAUAUUCUUUGAAAACUUUUUUGGUGAAGCUCGCUCGGUUAUUGUAGAGGAUGACAGUAUGAAGGAAGUCGGUGACGUCUUACAUGACAUGUACUGCAGAUGUUGCCAAAAUGACUUUAGCACCGUUGAGCGGUACGUAGCGAGUCUCGAGGUUUACCGUCGUGUAAAUCCCGUGCAACUCUCCAUGAAUGUUGGCGGCGCGGACGAUGAGGACGAACUCGCUGGUGCUGGAGCCAUGAGCAACACUUACGAUGGUGUAGUUGGGAAUGAAGAAGAGGAAAUGGAGACAAUGGGCGACGGAUUAGAUAUGAAGGAUGAGGUGGAGGAAAGUGAGCAACGGAAGAAACGGAGGAGUAAGAAAAGAAAGAACGCGUACGAACGGGAUGCCGAUGGGUGGUGUGUUGUGCGGAAUUGA